AUGGGUGGAAAAACGGACAUCCAUGUCCGCCUGUGGUUAGACGCGCCCAACGCGGCCGACUACCCCAAACCGUUCGCCUGCUCGCUCGUCCCUACCUGUGCGCCGCGCUCCCAGCCGCCUCGUCGCGCCCGCCCGUCGAGGCGCGCCGCAGCCUCGCCGCCGCCUCGUCGCGCCCGCCCACCGACGCGCGCCGCAGCCUUGCCGCGCCCGCGCCGCCGCCUCGUCGCGCUGGCUCCCCGCAGCACCGCGCACGCGCCCCCGCAGCAGCGCGCCCGCUGCCGCCUGGCCGCGCGCGCCGCCUGCGCGCGUCCCCGCUCGCGCCGCGCGCGCCCCCGCUGCCGCCUGGCCGUGCUCGCCGCCCGGCAAGGCCGCCCGCGCGCGCCCCAUCUUUCGCCUGGCCGCGCUCGCCGCCCGACACGGCCGCCCGCGCGCGCCCCAGCUUCCGCCUGGCCGAGCUCCCGCCCGGCAGGGCCGCCCCCGCGCGCCCCAGCUGCCGCCUGGCCGCGCGCGCCCCCGCUGCCACCCACGCGCGCCCCCGCUGCCGCCUGGCUGCGCGCGCGCCACCCGGCAGCCCCGCGCCUUAGCCUCCCCCGCUGCCGUCCUCCCGCUCGCGUGACACUGCUCGCCUCGGCCCGCUGA